UCUGGCUACACGAUUAAUGUAGCAUGACAUUGGCUCUUAUUCUUCUGGCAUUAUAUACACCAAAUGUGACCAAAUGUUCGCUGGGCAUUGCUGAUGCAAACGAAUAUUUUGUUGAAGAUUUUAUUUAUAGUGUUAAUUUAAAUUAUAAAUUGUUCACCCAUUAUAACGCAUUUAGCACAUUAAUUGACAUGGAACUAGAAAAUCACCGGAAAAGUUCUGAUAAAAGUUUUGAUACUGAUGAUGAAGCGGAUUAUGCUAUGAUAAGGCAAAUAAAAAUGGAACCUGAAACGAUCUUCUCACCUCCUGAAGAUGAUAUUAUGGCACAACUGCAACAGGAUAGCUCUGAUUUGGAAGUUGAACCUAGUUUUACUUUAGAAGGUGCCUCAAAUGGCGAGUAUUGCAAUGAAGGAAUAUUAAUGCAACACAUGGAUAUCAGAGAACCAUUAUCUACAUUAAGAAGCCUUUUGGAAGAGAGGUUAACUAUGGAUUUGAAGAAUUAUUCAUUUUGGCUGCAAAACGCACAGGUGUUGGAAAAUCAUAAAAAUUUAGUGGAUCAAUGUGUCCAAGGAGAAGGACUAGUUCAGAUUAAUGUACAAGUAAAGCCUAUGCUGAAACGCAUCAAUAUAGUAGAUGUUCUUAAACCAGCAGAAGAUUAUAUUGAAGAUACAGAAAGUAAUUCACCCGUACCUGUGGCUCAAGAAAAUAAAAGAAAUGUCAUAAAAUGGAUGGUAGAUGCAUACUAUAAAAGGGAACAGGAACGUUUAAAAAUACCAAGCGAUCCAAAAGAAUGGUCAGAAGCUCAUGUUAAACAUUGGUUGCAAUGGGCUGUUAGACAAUUUAAGUUGAUAUCGUUACGAUUGGCUGAUUGGAAUAUAACCGGAGCGCAAUUGUGUAACCUUACUAUAGAUGAGUUUCAUGCAAAAGUGCCUCUUGACCCAGGAGAUGUAUUCUGGACGCAUUUUGAACUUCUUAGAAAAUGCAAAUUUGUUGCUGUAGUGCAAAAAGAUACACCAGAUUCACCCAAUGAAGCUAUUGCGGAGAAGUUGAUUAAAGCGCGAAAUCAAAAAGUGAAAUCCAAGUCUACAGGAAAUCAACAAGCGCGUGUGGUUUCCAAUAUGCCAUUGGAGAACGUCGAUCCGGCUUCGAUCCCUGUAACCCCUUCUAAUCGUGCUGUUAAUAGUGGUCAAAUACAGUUGUGGCAAUUUUUAUUAGAAUUAUUAACCGACAAAGAAUAUAGAAGUGCAAUUCAGUGGGUGGGAACUGAAGGGGAAUUCAAACUUAAUCAGCCGGAAGCAGUGGCACAAUUGUGGGGAGCACGCAAAAAUAAGCCGUCGAUGAAUUAUGAGAAAUUGAGUAGAGCGCUUCGAUAUUAUUACGAUGGUGAUAUGAUUUCCAAAGUUCAUGGUAAACGGUUUGUUUAUAAAUUUGUUUGUGAUUUGAAACAGCUGUUGGGCUAUUCGGCUGCAGAGUUGAGUAAACUUGUCGAGGAGGGAAGAAGAUACUUCUGAUGAAAUCAUAUACCUAAUUACUAUUAAAAGAAUUUUUAUUAUAAGCAUUUUGAUAUUUUCACUAUCUUGUUUAAACAUAAUUUCAUGCGGUAAAUAAUUGUAUAUAUGGACAAGUAUAGUACUUUAUAUUCUUAUGUUACUUUAAAUAUAGCUUUUUCAUCAGUCAUAUUUCGUUAUUUCUUCAUUACUUAUAAAUUUAUAAAUUCCUUUUCAUAUUUUUUUUUUAAACAACUUGAGAGUAAGUGAUUUUUCCACAUAACGUCAUAUCAGAAUUGAUGAAAGUAGUGAAAUGCUAUAGUGAAAUAAUAUUAAUAUUUACAUAAAAGUAGAUUUUCAACAUCAAUUAAAAGCGUUUACUUUACUGUAGUUGGUUUAUUAAACUUCAUAAUAUAUAUGCAUGUGAAAACAGCACAAAAAUAUUUUAAAAAUCUGAAAGUGAUGAGUGUUUAAUGUUCAUUUUAUAACAGUUAAAUCAUUAAAGUCAUAUUCCUUAUGCAUGUAAAUUAUAGAUGUAUUUUAAUAAUUUUUCCUUGGACAAGACAAGUAGGAGAAUAUCCUCUUUACUACAUGAUGUACAGAAUGUGUAUAUACAAAUAUAAUUAAUAAAUUUGAUUUUAAGUCAUGA